AUUUGGUUUGUUUAUUGGUGUGCUGGUAUUUGCCGAAAGUGUAUAAAAUGAGUGAUAGGAAAAGUAAUAACAUUUAUAUUGAUACCGAACUAUUAAUAGCUGAAAUACAAGAAGAAAAAUGUAUUUGGGAUUUCUCUUGCGAGGAUUAUAAAAACCGUGAUAAGAAAUAUGAUGCCUUUGAACGUGUGGCUGAAAUAGUGAUUGCAGAUUUUGGUAAUAUGUCUGAGCAAGAAAAGAAGGAUUCAGUAAAUUUCAAGUUACUAUCUAAUUUGGAAUGCAGUUCGUCACAGAAUUUUAUUGACAUUCUAAAAUAUUAAUAAAAUUUUCUUUCAUCUUCUCUGAGGCUGGCGUAUAAUGUUACGAAUGCACAUGCUACGUUUCGCUCU